ACUCCCACUCACCUUUGAGUUAACACCCACUCGGUGUCUCGCGCGUUCUAUGUGUGGAGGCAGCCUCGAGAUCUCGCUGCGUGAGUUGGCAGACAACGUUUGGUGCAUUAUCGCCACCUUCUGAAAUGGAGUGUGCUCCAAAUCCUUGCUAAUGGAGCAAGUGAUUGUUUGGACAAAAGCGAAAGUAAGCCUAUAUUCCGACCGAGAAGAGGUGCUUUACUUUCAGAUCAGGCAAGCAGAGUGCUGAUGCAGCCUGGGGAGUUGUACUUUGACCACAGAUCUCGCACACAAAUCAAACAGUCUCAGCAGCAGAACAGUGAGUGUGUGUGUGACUACAUGUGCAGAAUGGACCUGCAGGAGUACUUCCAGAGGAUCGGCUUCAGCGGUGCGUUCGAGAGGCCGGACCUGGCCACCCUGCAGCUGGUGCACCGCCUGCACGUGCUGAACGUGCCCUUUGAGAACCUGAGCCUGCACAGCGGGCAGCAGAACAGCAUGGAGCUGCCGCUGAUCUUCAGCAAGCUGGUGCGCCAGCGGCGGGGGGGCUGGUGCUGCGAGAACAACCUGCUCUUCUCCUGGGCACUGGGGCAGAUGGGGUACCAGCACACUACGCUGGGCGCCCGCGUCUACAACCCCCAGCAGCAGGACUUCAGCGCCCAGGAGGGGCACCUCAUCAACAAGGUGGACGUGGCUGGACGCUCCUACAUCGCUGACGUCAGCUUCGGAGUCUCCUACCAGAUCUGGGAACCCCUGGAGCUGGUGUCGGGGAAGGAGCAGUCCCAGCCCCCCGGAACCUUCUGCCUGAAGGAGGACGACGGCACGUGGGUUCUGGAGAAAACGGCUCGCACGCCGCUGAUCCCCAACGAGGCCUUCGCCAAGUCCAGUCUGGUGGACCGCAGUCGCACUAAGGUUGUCUACUGCUUCACCCUGGAGCCCCGACGCCCCGAGGACUUCCAUGCCGCCUCCCACUUCCUGCAGACCGACCCCGACUCGCUCUUCACCAACAAAUCGAUCUGCUCCCUGCAGACACCCACCGGGUUCAGGGCUCUGAUUGGCUGGGUUUACAGUGAGGUCACGUUUGGCUACCAGGAAGAGUUUGACCUGAUGGAGAUGCGUAACGUCACGGACGCCGAGGUCCAGGGCAUUCUGACGGAGAAGUUUGGCAUGCCGCCCGUCCACAACCUCACACUGAAGAGCGAGAAAGUCUGCUAUUCCCUCUAGCAUCUCCGACGGUAACAGAACGGGCUUCAUAUCAUUAAUCUGUCUCACGAAUAAACACACCAUGAUGGGUUAUCUUCUUGCUCAGAUAUUAACUAUGCACUUGUAACUGAGAUUGGCCACAAUAAGAGCCACUAUGUGAAUAGUACACCAACACAAGACAAAAGCUAUUGGUUACCUGACUGCUCUGAAGAACAUUUAUCUGCAAUAUACGUCUGGAACUAAAUAUGCAACUGUGAAUGUCAUUUAUAAACAUAAAAAAUGAGAAUAAAAAAUCAUUCAUUUCC